AUGGCAUAUGCAAAUGUGCACAUGUUCAUGGAAAAGUUGAAGCAGCUCAUAUACUCCAAUGAUAUUCCAGUGAUCAACAACCCAUUAAUCUUAUGUGAAAGGCCUCAAUUCCAACUGCUUUAUGAAGAACUUGGCUCCAUGAUACAGACCCUUUUCAACCACGAAGACCAAGAUCUACACAACUUUGAAGAAGUCAGAAAACUGAAGAAAAGAUUCAAAGCUGCAGCUGAAGAGGCAGAAGAUAUUGUUGAUAUCUUUGUAUCUGCUGUCUACUAUAGAUAUAACGAGUAUUUCACUAUCUCUGAUGUCUUUCAAACCUCUAUGAAUCUUGAGGAUGUUAUGAGAUCAAUUAUUUCAAUCAAAUUGGAAUUCAUGACUGCAAAAACUGAUCAUAUGAAGAUGGAUUCGUCUCAAAGAACUGACAGACUGCCAAUGCAGUUAGCUGCUGCUGCUGCUGGAACUUCCAACUCUACAAAUUCACUAGGCUCGAAGAAAGUAUUAGAAGAAAUGGUGGUGGGGCUAGGUGGUGAUGUUGUGCAAAUUCAGUCUGCUGGAGCUUCCCGCAUUAGAAGUUCACACGGAUCGAAGAAAUUACUGGAAAAAAAUCGUUGUGGGUAUUGA